AUGUUGUUAGGCAAGUCUGCCAAAAACACCGGCAACAACGGCUGGAAGAAAAGCCUGAAGCACUUCACCCAGGCCGAGGGUGAGAAUUUGGUCAAAGUCAUCCAGACCAACGUCAUCGACUUGAGCAAAGCCGUCAACGGUGGCUGGACCCUGUUGGACAACCUGCCGAACAAGAAGCUGACCAAGGAA